AUGCCUAUUUUUGGAAUGACAUUGUUUAUUUGGGCCUUGGUUGCUGCCAAAGGAUUCGGUCCUACCUUUUCCAAGGGCACCAAUAUUAUAGAUGGCACACCCGUGGCAGUUGUCUUCUUUCAGUGUGUAACGACCACUAUUUCACCGAAAGCCACGUUGGCUUUGAAUAUGCCCGAUUUUACUCGAUAUGCCAAGUAUCCUCGUCAGGUGUUCUGGACACAAGCCGUUGGCCUCUGCGUUCUGGUAACUCUUUGCGGCAUCCUCGGAGUGACAGUGACAUCUGCUUGUCAAGAAAUAUAUGGUGUCACAACUUGGAAUCCUCUUCAGGUUUCUCUUCUCUGGGAGAACCGCGCAGCCCAAUUCUUCUCAGCUCUCUGCUGGAUGUUCGCAGUCAUCGGAACGAACAUUUCAGCCAACUCCGUCUCCUUUUCGAAUGAUCUUUCACUCUGGUUCCCCACAUGGAUUAACACUCGAAGAGGUGCCUAUGUCUGUUGUAUAAUUUCCAUUGCCGCCACGCCAUGGAACAUCCAGUACAGCGCUGCAUCAUUCUCUGCCUUCCUGGGCGGAUACGGGAUGUUCCUUGGUCCCAUUGCAGGGAUCAUGAUGGCUGAUUUCUGGUUCUUGCGGAACCGGCACCUGAAUCUUGCGUCCUUGUACCGCCAUCCCGAUAUCUACAGCUUCUUCCAUGGUUUUAAUCUCCGAGCAUUCCUUGCUUUCGCCUGUGGCAUCGCUCCGAACCUUGGAGGGUUGGCCCGAGCUACUGGUAACAUGAGUGUGCCAAAGACCGCAUCAUACGUGUACAGCUUGAGCUGGCUUAUUGGGACAGUGGUCUCGUUCACCAUCUAUAUAAUUCUGGGAAAGAUCUGGCCGAUGGAGGAGAAGUUUGACGAAGGCCAGGUUGUGGAUGGCGUGGACGAGUCAAGCCUGGGAGUUAGUGACGAGGAGGGCAAGGGAACUGGGGAGAGUAGGACAAAAGCACUCUGA